AUGACGUUCUCCAGUGCCAAUGAGAUCGUGGAUUCCAUCGUUCUGGAAGAGCCCGCGGAGCUACCGCCAUUCUUUGAAAGAACUGUGGCACAGACAUCACACUGGCUGCAUACGCCUGACUCGCCAGUCACGCAGUCCAUGGAACUCCCCCAGAGCCUGGUGGUGAUGAAGUUCGGCGGCACUUCCCUGGCGAGCGCUUCGCACCUGCUGCGAUGUGCAAACAUCGUGCGGCAGGCUCUGCCGCAGAGACCGGUGGUGGUUGCAAGCGCCAUGGGCAAGACCACCAACGCACUCCUUCACGCCUCGACGUUGGCCUUGGAGACCGGCGAGGUGGACAUCUCUGCGAUACGGACUAUCCACGAGACAGCAUUGAAAGAACUUGGGGUGGAGAUGCCGGCGUCCAUUUCAGAGCUUCUCAACGAGCUUGAGAAGGUUCUCAGCGGGGUGGCGCUCCUGAAGGAGAUAUCCAUGCAAACGCGUGAUCGAAUUGUCUCUUUUGGAGAACGCCUCAGCGUUCGAACCUUUGCGGAGGCCUUCAAUUCCUCAAGGAAAGAUCCGCAGGAGCCGGAGGCUCGAGCCUUGGAUGCCUGGCAAGUGGGCAUGAAGACCACCAGCGGUUCCGGAAGCGCCGACUCCGCCUUUUCUUCUGUGGAAAUCCUCCAGGAGUCUUACCCCGCCAUCAAGCACCACCUCGGGCCACUGAAGCUUGCGUACUCCUUCGUGCCAAUUGUCACUGGCUACAUUGCCAAGGAUGCCCGUGGUGUCAUCACUACCCUGGGCCGGGACGGCUCGGACCUCACCGCCACCGUGAUCGGAGCCGCCGUGAAGGCCUCGGAAGUGCAGAUUUGGAAAGACGUCAGCGGCGUGCAGACCACGGAUCCCCGGGUGAUCGCAGCGGCGAAACCCGUGCAGGUCCUCACCUUCGAGGAGGCUGCGGAGCUAUCGACUUUCGGCUCCAAGGUGGUGCACCCAGCGGCCGUGCUGCCGGCCUGGAGCGCUGGUGUCCCGAUGAGCGUCAAAAACUCCAUGGCCCCAGAGCUCCCAGGCACCAGAAUAGUGCCGGAGCUGGGUGGCAAAGACGUUCGAGAGGGCCGAGUGGCGGCCAUCAGUAGCAAGAAGAACAUCACCAUGAUCGUAAUCAAAAGCAGCCGAAUGCUUGGACAACAUGGCUUCCUGGCGCAUGUCUUCCAAGUCUUCAAUAAGUUUGCUGCCUCCGUGGACGUCAUUGCCACCUCGGAAGUGACGGUGUCACUAACCUUGGAUGAAGGCUACAAGACUGUGGACCUCAGUGCGAUCGAGGACGAGCUCAAGGAAGUGGCAAAGGUGUCGGUGCUGCACGACAUGUCCAUGCUGACGCUCAUCACGCACAAGGAGGACUCUGUCAGCGUGCUCAAGGAGUCUUGCGCGGCCUUCGAGCCCGUGCUAUCUAAGUUGGAGAUGGUCUCACAUGGAGCCUCGAAUGUCAACGUCACGUUCGUGGCAGAGCUUCGGGCUGCGAUUCUGGAACUGCUCCGGGCAACGAAGUUCCCCUUCGUCCACGCUGCCUAUGUGCUGGGCUUAAAUGGGUCCCACUACAGCUUGGACACUGCCACAGACAGGCACUACGGCAUUCCUCUCCGCUUGCCAAGGUUGCUUUGCCAGCUCUUCCGCCUGGAAGUGCCCAACACCGAUUUCACAACGAUCCGCAUUCAGAAGUUUGCAUCCUCGGUGAACUUCAAUGGCACCCACCGUACCCUCCCGGUGAAUCUGCACACGCCAUUCUUCCCGGAAGCAGAGGAUGGUGCUUCGAGUCCUGAGCCCCAUGUGGAGGAGAACCAAUGUAGCUCAGGUGUUCCAGCAUCAGCGCUCUGUUCCAGACCCAAAUCGCAUCCCUUGUCUGAUGCGCACAUCUGCGGUCUGUCUCCAAGGUGGCCGUGGCGAGCUUUGCGAGAACCUGGAAGGAGACGAGGGCCGUCGUUGGCGCCGCUUCGUGCAGCCGGCUGCUGGGUCGAGCGCGCCACGCUGGAUCCAGUUCCCGAUGGACACAUGGCUUCGAUGGUAUUGGCCAACUUCCGGUGA